AUGGCACGUAAUAUAUCAUACAUGCUUAAUUUGUUUCAUACAAGCAAGUAUAUGAUAGAGAAUGGUAGCAUCAACACUUUUUCGAAUAUGCCGGAUCAUGGUUUGUUUGUUGAGGAAAGGUUGUCGUAUGAGGGAUUGAUUAGUAAGAUUUGUAUGACACUUGGUUGGGAUCCAGCACACUUGAAACUCCAUCCUUCUUUCAUUUUCGAUAGUCCCGGUGGUAGGCGUGGAGUGAAGAUCAAGAAUGAUUCACAUGUAGAGUUCAUGAACCGUAUAGAUCCAAUGUCAUGUUUGGAUUUAUACAUAGAUUUGGAAGAUAUCACUCACGAAAAAAGAGAAGCGAGUUUGGAAAACAACGUGUCAUUUGGUGGUUUUCCAAGGGGGGAAUGUGCUGGUACUUCUCGAAUCCGUGAUGAAGAGGAGACACCUUUAUUUGCACAAGAUGACUACCGGAAAGAGUUGGAUCCCGACUACAUAGCUCUAAGCGAAAGCGAAGAAGACUGUGAUGUCUCCGGAGAGAGUGAUUUUGAAGAAAGUGAUGAGGAAAGGGAACCCCACGAGUCGGGCAGAGUUCUGAGACAAUUUGGAUACAUACAGGAUGUUCCCAAGCGCCCUAUGAUUAAAGAUAAUGCAGCAUUUCUUCUCGAUCAUGCCCACAAUAUGUCUGGAUAUCCUAGCAACAAUUGGGUGGAUCACCAUUCCGCAGUACAUCGUCAUUGGAAUAGGAGAAAAGAGUACGUGCUACGAGAUUUGGAGGAAGGAGACCCUGGCUUUGUAUAUGAGGGGUACUAUGAAUGGUUCAUGGUGAACACUGUCAGGCUGAUAUCCAAUCCCAAAAAUUAUGAACCUAAAGGAUACAAGACUUCUUCGAGCCGAGUGAAAUCAUAUGGUGAAGUAUUGAACAACAUUCGCGUGAGUUCCGAGAAGUUUAGAGAAAAACGAGAAGAUGAGAAUCUCCUAGUCGAAGAACUCGACAAGCAUUUGAACGAUAUCAUCAAUCAAACACAUGUUGCUUUAACCCUAGGUGCAAAUGAUGAGAUGGACGUGGAGGAUACCCAAAUUCUGAUUGAUGAAGAACCAUCUUUGCCCUCGCAACCUCCGCCGGGUAAAAAAGCGAAACCGUGGUCGAGAGAUAAGAUUGGAGGAUGA